AAGUUCCGCGCACACACAAAAUCUAGGUCGAAGAAAGAUUAUUCCCAGUAUAUAACUUUGCUCUCGAAGUCUCUCUUUCUCUUUCUCACUGUAGGGGUAAAUCUCCGGCAAUAAACCCCCAUCACUCGACUGAACUCCAACUUCAAAGAUCUCAUAGGUUUUUGACAAAAUACAGCAAUCAUGCAAGCUCCCGUUCUCGUUCUGAAGGAUAACUUAAAGCGUGAAUCUGGAAAGAAGGUUCAGCAUCAAAAUAUUGCAGCAUCAAAGGCUGUAGCAGACAUCAUCCGGACAACAUUGGGUCCUCGUUCCAUGCUGAAGAUGCUUUUGGAUGCUUCAGGAGGUAUUGUGGUGACGAAUGAUGGAAAUGCUAUAUUGCGUGAGCUGGAUCUGGCUCACCCAGCUGCUAAGUCCAUGAUUGAACUAAGUCGCACUCAAGAUGAAGAAGUUGGGGAUGGAACUACAUCUGUCAUUGUUCUAACUGGUGAGAUGCUUCAUGUGGCGGAAGCUUUUCUUGAUAAGGGUUACCAUCCAACAGUCAUUUGCCGAGCUUACAACCAAGCUCUUGAAGAUGCUAUUUUGGUGCUUGAAAAAAUUUCCAUGCCAAUUGAUGUGAAUGAUCGCCCCUCAAUGUUGGGAUUAGUUAAAAGUUGCAUUGGGACAAAGUUUACUAGCCAAUUUGGAGAUCUUAUUGCCGACUUAGCAAUUGAUGCUACUACCACUGUUGGUGUGGAUCUCGGUCAAGGAGUCCGAGAAGUGGACAUUAAGAAGUACAUAAAGGUCGAGAAGAUACCUGGUGGCCAGCUAGAAGACUCCAAGGUUCUGGAAGGAGUUAUGUUCAACAAAGAUGUUGUUGCUCCUGGGAAAAUGAAAAGAAAGAUCGUGAAUCCAAGAAUCAUUCUUCUCGACUGUCCUCUUGAGUACAAAAAGGGAGAGAAUCAAACCAAUGCGGAAUUGGUCAAGGAAGAGGAUUGGGGAAUUAUGCUAAAGAUGGAAGAAGAGUUCAUUGAGGGUCUCUGUGCACAGAUUCUGAAAUUUAAGCCCGACUUGGUAAUCACAGAGAAGGGACUCAGUGAUCUAGCUUGCCAUUUCUUCAGCAAGGCAGGAGUCAGUGCUAUCAGAAGGCUAAGGAAGACGGACAACAACAGGAUUGCCAAGGCCUGUGGAGCUGUUAUUGUCAACAGACCAGAUGAGCUCCAAGAAUCUGAUGUUGGGACUGGAGCAGGACUUUUUGAAGUGAAGAAGAUCGGAGAUGAAUUCUUUUCUUUCGUAGUAGAUUGCAAAGAUCCUAAAGCCUGUACAGUACUUCUAAGGGGUGCUAGCAAGGAUCUCCUGAAUGAAGUGGAAAGAAAUCUUCAGGAUGCGAUGGGCGUAGCACGGAACAUAUUGAAAAACCCUAAGCUUGUUCCUGGUGGUGGUGCCACUGAGUUAACUGUGUCUGCUACUUUGAAGCAGAAGAGUUCAUCUGUUGCAGGCAUGGAAAAAUGGCCAUAUGAAGCCGCAGCAAUAGCAUUUGAAGCUAUCCCACGAACUCUAGCUCAGAACUGUGGAGUUAACGUGAUCCGAACAAUGACAGCUUUACAGGGCAAGCAUGCAAAUGGUGAAAACCCCUGGGUUGGUAUUGAUGGGAACACUGGUGCAAUUGUUGAUAUGGGAGAGAAAAAGAUCUGGGACGCUUAUAAUGUGAAAGCACAGACAUUUAAAACAGCUAUUGAAGCUGCUUGCAUGCUUCUUAGGAUUGAUGACAUUGUCAGUGGUAUCAAGAAGAAACAACCACCUGGUGCUAGCCAAGCUCCAAGAUCUCAAAUUGAGGAUGGAGAUAAUGCAGAUAACGAGCAGAUGAUUCCAGAGUAAGACCUCGGUGUUGGCACUGAGAUGUAGUUUCUGACAUUCUCUGAAGAGGCUCUUGCUUCCUUUUCCAUGGAUGCAGUGUUGUGGUUUUCUUCCCUGGUCAGUGUAUGUGAUUGGAAUUUUAUAUUAGUCGCGGUGGUUUUGCUUCACAUUUUGGAUAACGAGUUUUAUUUCCUUUUUGUGAGCUUAGUAAUGAAAAAGGGUUUUAGAUGGCAGGUUAGAGGAUUUCUACUAUUUUUGUACAACAAACAUGUAAUUUUUGGGGUAGUCUUUAGUUGAUAAAUUUAGUGUGUUGCGUGACCUUGGUAUCAAAAAUUCAAAAUCCUUGCUGCAUUCUAGAAUAUGUUUAAACCAAGGCUUUGUGUUCAGAGUACAGUAUUUCAAAUCAAGUAAUUCCUUUACCAAAACU